CUGAUCGAGGGUGAACUACGCGAAAGGAGACUUCAGUUUCCUCGGCGUCGUCCUAUCGGGAACGAUCAAACGGAUCCAGCCUAGUCUCUGCGACGCGGUUUACGGAUCACACAGCGGGAAAAAAGGCCUCGAGGAUCAAGAAAAAAGGGAGAACGGGAGAAAAUCUCGUCGGUCGGACCGGGGCACACAAUAUCGAGGAACAACGCAGCACCAUCAGGUCUUCGAAGGGAUGGCAGGCCCGUAUCUAUCGCCUCUGGGCCCCCAGGCUGACCUCCUCACCGAAUACAUGUUCGGAAGACGUCGUCAGGUCAGUAGACGCAACCGGACAACCUUCACGCCCCAACAACUGCAGGAACUGGAGUCCCUGUUCCAGAAGACACAUUACCCGGACGUGUUCCUGAGGGAGGAAGUCGCCCUACGAAUCUCGCUCUCGGAAGCCCGUGUCCAGGUCUGGUUUCAAAAUCGGCGUGCAAAAUGGCGGAAGCAGGCGCGCCUGCAGCUGCUGCAGGACGCAUGGAGAAUGCGAUGUUUGGGAUUAGGGAGUGCAGCGCCGUUGCUUCUAAGGCCGCCCCCAACUGCAUCCUUGGAGCGUCCAGACGCAGUGACGCCGCCACCGCCACCGCCUCCUCCGCCGCCAUCCACUGCCGCCGCUGCUGUUGGCAACCCACCGCCCCUGACGUCCGCCAACACUGACAAAAUACCCGCCACUCCGCCUUUGUCCGUUUGCAGGGAUUACAGGAUCCUACCGCCCCCUCAUGGAUACUCAUUGUCCUGCGAGAAAUCGCCGGACAGACUGAAAUGCGGCUGCGGCUCGCCGCCCCGGAUAUGUGCGAGUCCCGUGGAAAGAGAAACGAGCCUGACCGUGAGAGACAGACCUCAGGAAGCCGAAAUGGAUUUGACCGUGAAAGGCCCUCCCCGACACGCGCCGAUCUCAACGUUAUUUCACCAAUUGCCUCAACAAGAGCUCAGUCCUCCGCAAAACGUCGACGAGCCCCUGGACGUUACGCUGAACACUAACAAAAACAAUUAAGCUGUUAAUUACCUAAUUACCGUUUAUUUUCUCACUCGGGACGGAUUUAUCGCAACGGACGGACGGACACACCGUGUACACGGAAUAGAGAGAGAGAGAGAGAGAGAGAGAGAGAGAGAGAGAGAGAAAGAGAGAGAGAGAGAGAACAUUGUUCAACGUGUGUAGACUAUUUAAGCAGGCAAUUAAAAGUUUCAUUAGAAAGACGAAGGGGGGAAGAGGAGGGCAAGUAACGUAAGUAGUUAAUAGAUUGUUGCAAAUAAAGUGGCGAAUUCUUUUCGUGACCGCUUGAUUUUCUAUGCAACGAUGCAACAGAUGUUUAUUUCGACUCGAACCGGUGACUAUGUUCGGAACGUUCCCUAAACAAGCUUGGAAACAAAGAGCUUUUGUUUUACGGCUCUGUUUUUGUCUUCUCGUUAGGGUAGCUGGAUCUUUAAUGGUUAUGUCGUUUAUCUUAAGGUAAUUGUAACCACGCGCGCGACGAAUCUAGCCGGAGAGUAUUUUUUUUUCUUUUUGUCUCAACGUGCGACCGAUGCAAUUAGCCGAGGCUUCUUCAUUCGCGAAAUCCGCCACUUCGAAUGUAACAACCUGGCUGACAUGAUUUUUAAAGAGUUUUCUUUUUUUUGUCAUCGCGCGGCUGGGUCCCUUUGAUAACAAUCCGACGAAUGGAACGUGUCGAUCAGAUUCGGCGAAUUACAAGGAUUUGUUUUCUAUUUGUUUUCUCUGAUUCUCUCUCGGGGUACCGAUUUUUCUUACCGGGAGAAAAUCGUUGGAUUUGCCACGGUUUCGAACUGAACGUGUCUACUACGAUAACAUUUUGUAAAUACCAUAGCGAUUAUUAUCUACCGAUUGUUUGUUAAUUAAUUAGUAGAACAACCAAUGUUGAGAUGAUUUGCACGAAAGUUGUACAGUAUUCUAAAUGUAUCGUGAGAACGGAAUUUUGUAAUUUCGCGGGAAAAUAGGCGAUCAUCGAUUAUUACCCUGUAUUGAUUUCAAAUUAUAUGAAUUCAACGAAGUACGUAAAAUGAACAGUGGCUUAAAUUUAAAAACUGCAAUGAUAUCGUAAACGCUCUUUAUAAGAAUACAGAUACUUACGAAAAAAAAAGAAAGAAAACGGCUUCUAACUCAUAUCCCAUGUGCAGAUCGUGUAAAUAUCUAUAUCAAGAAAUAUUGUACAAUUUUUGUCGGGAAUUAAUUAGACACCAUAAAUUUCCGGUUCUCCACGUUAGCAUAAUAGAACGUAAUGCAAUAAUUUCUCAUAUCGGUUUGCCCCUUCAUUUCUGUUUCCGAGAUUAUUCAUGAAACUAAUUCGUAUAGUUGCAUUAAUAUUAUAUAUAAUUGUAUUAAAUAAAAAUUGAUUGUGAUAUCCACUUGACUCUAACGCCUAAAGCCGAUUACUAUUAAUUCGUCGAUUAAACGAAUAAUCCAUUUAUUUGUUACGUUACAACGAUUAUGUAUUUCGAACGGGAAGUUUCGAUAAUUAUAACCGCAGACUAUAAUAACUGUAAAGGAGUUAAUGCCUUUGUAAUCUCUGUGAUUGUUCACACGAAUUAUACACUAAAGAAAGAAAACACGAAGAGAAGGUGCGAUUCAAUUUAACUAUGUCAUAAUUUCGAUCGUUUACGAAUCAACUUUAUUUCAUUGUAAAUCUAAUGAUAAUAAAAUGAAAAAUUAUGUAUGCUUAAUGAUUUCGCAUUCAGUAAGUUAGUCAGAAAUAAACUGUUCAAAGAUAA